AGUGUGAUCCGGCGCUCGAGCUGUCCGGAGGUUGGGACCGUUUGGUGUUUUGAAAAAAAAAAAAAACCGCCUUUUUUAAAACCAGAAUAAUAAACGUGAAGCAACGGCGGAUUUUCCGGGAAGGAAGCGGCGAGGAACUGGACUGAGAGAAUGCCAGCCAAAACCUUUCCAGAUGGUGAAAUAGUAAUGGGCCGUUGGCCAGGGGGUCACCUCUACUACGAGGUGCAAGUGACAAGUUACAACAAGAACACUCAGUUGUAUACAGUAAAGUACAAGGAUGGGACUGAACUGAGCCUAAAAGAAAAUGAUAUUAAGCCUAUAAGUUAUUUUAAACGAAAAAUAAGCAGUUCAAGGUCAAAUUCCCGACAGCGCAGUCGCUCUCGAUCACGGUCUCCUGCUAGGAUUCAGACACCCAAGCACUCAAACUCCCAUGACAGGGAAUCUAGGAAACAAGUAAAGAACGAGGAAGUGCAAAAUGAAGACUUAAAUAAACCUGUUUAUCAGGUCCAGGAAAACUACACCAACAACAAAAAUACCUAUGUGACUGACUACCCAGAUGAAAAAGAGAAGAACAAGAGCAUCUACAGACGUUUUGAGCACAAGACCUGUAAAGAAGUUGUAACCGAUCAGUUGGAUCCUUGCAAUCUGCAAGCCAAGGGGGAAGAGGCAAAAUUUGUACACCUGGAUGCAAAAGAUGGCCACCUAUAUGUUAAAAAACAAGUGGUGCAGAUCCAAGAGCAGGGGUUUGGAACGCGUGUUGGUGCUGCCUUCAUGAUAUUUUUGUUGCCGGCUACCCUCAUUCUCUUGCUGUUGAUGUGUGAACAAAAGGAUCCCAGUAUUCUCAGUUUUCCACCUCAACUCCCUGCUCUCCAGGCACUAUGGAAUGGUACUGCCCUUGGCAUCUUUGUCCUGUGGUUCCUUUUUCAGGCACUACUUUAUCUUUUGCCAAUUGGGAAGGUUGUUGAUGGAGUGCUACUAGCAAAUGGAAAGACACUUAAAUACAGAAUCAAUGCAUUCUAUGCCUUUCUGAUGUGCGCUAUGGCAGUAGGAGUUGCUCUAUACAAAGACGUGAAUCUGAGCUACAUCCAUGAUUACUUGCGACAACUUGCAGUCUCUGCCAUGAUAUUUGCCUUUGUGUUCAGUAUUUACUUGUAUGUGCGUUCGUGGCGUGUUCCUGCAGAUGAGCUGGCACCUGAAGGAAAUUCUGGUAGCUUUGUUUAUGACUUCUUCAUUGGACGUGAAUUGAAUCCACGUAUUAGAAAUUUUGAUCUGAAGUACUUCUGUGAGCUACGCCCAGGUUUGAUUGGAUGGGUUGUCAUUAACUUGGGAUUGCUGUUUGCUGAGAUGAAAGUGCAGAACCGUGAUGUUCCUUCAUUGGCGAUGAUCCUUGUAAACAGCUUCCAGCUUCUCUAUGUACUUGAUGCACUAUGGAAUGAGGCAGCAAUUCUGACUACGAUGGAUAUUGUGCAUGAAGGCUUUGGCUACAUGCUGGCAUUUGGCAAUCUGGUCUGGGUCCCAUUUGUGUACAGUCUACAAGCUUUCUAUCUGGUUAACCAUCCGAAUGAACUGAGCUGGCCCUUAGCCCUGGCAAUCAUCGCUCUCAACACUGUCGGGUAUAUCAUAUUUCGGGCUGCUAACUCACAGAAGAAUGCGUUCCGAAGAGAUCCUCAUGACCCUAAAUUGGCACAUUUGAAAACUAUUCCCACUGCAACAGGGAAGAGUCUAAUUGUUUCUGGAUGGUGGGGAAUCGUUCGUCACCCAAACUACCUGGGAGACCUCAUCAUGGCUUUGGCUUGGUCGUUGCCUUGUGGGUUUAACCACAUCCUUCCAUAUUUCUAUAUAAUUUACUUCACUUGCUUGCUCAUUCAUCGUGAGGCCAGAGAUGAGCAUCAGUGCAGAAAAAAAUACGGUGUGGCUUGGAAUAAGUACCGCCAGCUGGUCCCAUAUCGGAUUGUACCCUACAUCUACUGAGCAAGUCUCUGUACACAAGGUCUGAUGAUUAAAAGUAAAACACAAGAUGAAGACAGAUUAUUCAUUUGGUAUUAAUCAUGCAACCUCUGUUUUAAAAAAUAUAUAUUUAUUUUUUUCAUCUCUAUCCUGUCCUGUCACAUUUUUAGAAAUAAAAUCCUAAAAUUAUCCACGUGCUUUUUCAUCACAAAGCAUAGAAGCUUUCUAACAACUUCAGACUUUUUGUCACUUGACACAUGGAUAAUUGUUCCUUGUUGUGCAGUUUUUCCAUUGCACAUAAGUCUUCCUUUUUCUCAGGCAUUUGUCAAAUUGCAACACUCUAAAUUUGGUACUUUAAUGUUUAUCAUGACUCACUUUUAAGAUCAUAAAAUUUGUACUUUGACCCCUUAUUGCCAAAUAUAACAUCCCUUACAGUGAAAUGGCUACUUUUUAAAACGUAUUAAAACUCCAUUAUUUUCUUUCAUUUCUUCUGACAUACAAUUGUCUUAUCUUAUCUUAUCCACUAAUAUUUCACACACAAUUAAGGGCCUAUUCGAUAAAAACUUUUCCAUAUAUUCUCUGUGUUUUAAAAAAAAUCACACCUGCCACAGCAGUUUUGCACCAUCUUGUAUAAUCUCCCCUUGUUCUUGGUUAAUUUGACUUUGAGAUAUUUCUCCUUCCCUCAUCUCACUGCCUCCAACUUUACUCUAGCUAAAAUAAAAAAAUAAAGCAAGCAUCCUGCAAUCAGAUUCCAGAAUACUUCCAAACCUAUUAAACACCUCAAGAAGUCUUAAAACUAGAACUACUUCCUGAUUCUGUUUUGUUCGUGUUUUUACUGGAUGUCAUGAUAAAAUGAAGCUGACUGUUUGGUUAUGAAACAUCUUUACAACAGCAAUCAAAAUGCAUCUUAGCCACUUAGUUUCAUUGAAUGUUCUGGUGUCUGAAAUAGAAUGAGUGGGCUGUCUGGUUUGAAUCAUGUUAUUGGUGUGUAUGCAUUAGUUUAAGGAGAAAUGGGUCUAUUAACUGGAGUGAAGGCAGAUUAUACUCUUAGAUAUUGUGAACUAAAAUCUCAGCAAUUUGAUUUUUUUUUGCUGUUGUUUUGCAAGGUGUUUGUUAACCUAAAAACUUCAUUUCCAAUUGGGUGAAAAUUUGCUUAAAAUGUUGUGACUGUUGGUUUUUAGCAGUUAGCAAAGACCAAAAGUAGAAGGAUACAAGGUAGUUAGGUAAAAUAACUGCUUUUCCUAUUCUGUUGGAGUGACUGGUGAAGGGUAUUGCAUUGUUUUGGAAAUGGGUAGUGAGUUCUGCGAAUCUGUACACUCAUUUCCACUGAGGCCCAUUUGCACUGAUUGUAUUAUGAUUGAAAAUGAAAUAGACUUGAUUUCUAGCUCUUGAAAAGUUGUACCGUGAAAAUAUAAAACAUUUAAAAUGGGUUUCAGACAUGGAAUUUCCUGCCUUGAUUGUGGUCCAUCAGGUAGAAACCACUGUCACAAAAUCAAUUGGAAGUGCUUUGUGUUUUGAGUUGACAUGAUUACAACAUGGGGAAAUGGCAGGUGGAUUUCCCUAACACAGUAUACAGCAAGUUAUUUCACAUGGUUGGGUUUUCACUCAGCACAUAAACACCCAAUUUCAUUGCCUGCCUCGCUCGGUUUGUUGUAUCUUGAUUCUUUUCUUUUCCAAAGUGCUGUUUUAAUUGGCAUGUGCAUUAAACUGAUAUAAACUACUUGAAUUUAACAUUUUAUAAAUAAGGGAUUGGUGGGGGAUGUAAUCGAAAGAUGACUUGAUUUGAAAAUAUUUUUGUAUGUGAGCUAUGAACUGUUCCAGUUGGUAGUGAAUGCGGAGUCUUUGUUCAAUGUCCUAUGUGCUUCAUUUAAAGGUUUACAUAAUUCUCUUUAAAACCAAUUACAGUAUUAAUAGUUGAGUGCAUAGACCCAGACAUCACUACCCUCAAACGUGAAGAAAAGCACUAGAUCGGGUGUUCGAGCCUUAGCCUCAGGCGACUUGCUGUUGAUUCAAGUCCUCAGCAGCCGUACAGCAGAUAGCAACUUCGUGUUCUGUUUGUUUGAUGUAAAUUUUAAUUCUGCUCUCUUAUAUAUCAGACCUACAAUUUAACAAGAGGACAUUUUCAUAUGUUCUUGUCUUAUGCAGUUUUGAGUAAUUCUUCUAACUGUAUAAAACAUGUUAAUUGAAUUACAGCAUUUCAGAUGGAAUUUGGGUUGCCCAUUUUCACUGUAUUUGCAGUUGUUGAAUUUUUCCUAAAAUGUGCACCACUUUCAAUUUCCAUCAGCAAGUGGGUCAAAGAGAAUUUGCUGCUGCAAAUAUUGUAUUUCAGAGGAAUCCCUUGUCUCUAUAAGCUGCUCCCAAGGUGCAGCAGCAUUGGUCCUGAGCUCAACUGCAGCUGGCUUACCUCGGGCCUCUCUGCUGAUCACAUACAUACCAAUUAAAAGCAGGUGUUGGCCAUCAGUCUACUGUAUCAUUCAGUUAGCAAUUACUGUACCAAUAUGAAUGUAAUUGCACCUCUGCUUACACCCAGCCAUUUCUUUCCCCACCGCAUGCUCCCCCACUGGUUACUACAAUUCUAUCUAGCACUGCCUUAAAAAUAUUCAAGAACACUCAUCUAUAAUGGGGAAAAAAGCUCCAAAACCUCAAUUGUACAGUGAAAGAAAAUUCACCUUAUCUGUCUCAAAUAGGUAGCUCCAAUUAAAUGGUAAUCCCUAGUUCUAGAUUCUUCUACAAGUAAACAUCCACCUUGUCACGACUCAGAAUUUGAUGAACAAUUAGUUCUCCGCUCACCCUGUUAAACACAUGCAAGUCUUGACUAUUCAACCCUUGCUUUGUAAUACAAGGUGCCCAUUCCAGAAAUCAGGCCCUCUGACCUGCUUCCUUGCAUCCUUCCUUAAAUAAGGAGACCAGUACUUUACACUGCACACAGAUAUACCCUUGCCAAUGCUCUAUCUAACAGAAGCAUGACCUACCUUUAUAUUAACUUCCACAGCAAUAAAUAAAAUUAGCUUUCCAAAUGUCUUGCCUCAUCCUAGUCUGUAUAAAUCGUGCACAAGGACACUGAGAUCCCACUGUAUCUUGGACCUCUGCAAACUCUUAAGAGCAUGUUACUUCAUAGAAGUAUAAUAAAUUGGUCAAUCAAUAUUUCCAUUUUACAAAACCACUAACUUUUUGCCUGAUCACCUUAAUUUUAUUUACCAAAUGUCCUACAAUGAUGUCAUGAAUAAUAGCUUCUACCAUUUUCCCUAUGACACAUUAAGCUAACUGGCCUGUAGUUUCAUGUCUCCCUUUUAGAACGAAGGAGUCACAUCUGCUACUUUACAAUCUAAUGGACUCUUUCCCAGAUCUAAGAAAUUUUGGAAAAUUAAAACCAACUUAACUCCUCCACAGCAUCAGCAGUUUGUUUUAUUUACCUUAACUAUCUUGCUAGCUGACUUUUUUAAGAUCCUAGGAUAAAGUACUUCAGGACCUAGAACUGCACACUGAUAAAUCUCUAACUGCAAAUGUUUCUUUACCCCUACCUCCAUCCAGUGGUCUCUGCCUAUCCAGGACCCAGCUGAAAUAAUCACUGCUCAAAGUGGCUCUACAAAAGAAUGAACACUUCCAGUAAUGUUUCUAGGAUUCCAUGUUUGCCCUUUGUUUCCUAUGUGACUUGUUACUAAUAUCAUGGCUAGUACAGUGGUGAGGUAUUUAAGACACCUGUAGAUGUGAAUUUGUGGUGGGCAUAAAAUAAAUGAGAUUGAUGGCUGGUGACUGACUGGCUUAACAUUGCAGAGUGAACCACAUGGAUAACCUAUGGCUCAUUUGCGGCAGAAAGGUGGUGAGAAUAAAUGGCAGGAAGAGUGCAUUGAAAAAAUGAAAUAGAAUUUUAUCCAAAAAGCAGGCUCUGGCUUCCCACACAUAUAGCACAGGAUGCCCUCCCAUAUCCCACAUCCUGUUGCCACCCCAAGCACAUUAUCACCUAGUGGGAUGCAGUGUGAGAAAAUGACCCAUUGUAAAUUACAGCUCCCACUUGCAACUGGAACUCCAUCUGAAAUCCUGUUCAUUUCAUCCUAACAGGUGAGCUUUGCUGAAUCAGUUGUGUGUUGGAGAUAUGGAAAUAAAUGUAAAUAGUAGUUUUGUUUGGGGGGGGAUUGGUGGGUGGGUAACGGGGAAUUUGAUUUAAAUUUUUAUUAAUUGCUUGUGUAACAAUAUCUAUUGUACAAAGUGAGAAUACUUUUAUUUUUUGCUGGAAUAAAGAUUUGCAAUAAAUGGUC